AUGGCUUGGCCGUGCAUCAGCAGAGUGUGCUGCCUGGCUCGCUUCUGGAACCAGUUCGACAAAUCGGACCUGUCCGUGCCGCUCACCAUCCAGAACUACUCGGACCUCGGCGAGCAGGAGGUGCGCUCCGUCACCAAGCAGCUCUCCUUCUUGGAGCGCGCACCCGGGAAUAACUACUCGACCCCGGACGCGCGUAAGGACGUGGGGCCCCCCCAUGCGCCCCUGGAUGGCCCGGGGACCCGGGGAUCGUUCAGGUCGGGGAGGGAGCCCAGCUACAAGCCCCGGGAUGAGUACCACCCGCCCGGGGUGCCUUUCACCAGCAUUACGCAAUACAAGCAGGAUUUCAAACCCUGGCCCAUCCCCAAGAAAGAGAACUUCCCGUGGAUUAGUGACGGGGGCAGCAGGGCGGACAGUGUGUCGGACAGCCCGGGGAACACUCACCCCAGCCUGGCACCGCCCGGGGAGGAGCGGGGCCGGGGGCAGAGAUGGGGGGAGCAGCAGGUGGCGGAGGAGAGUAAAACCAGCUCCUACAGGCAAGAGUACAGGCCGUGGACAGGGGCGACACCAGCCAAAAGUGCAAGAAGAAAUACUCCAGCUCAGUACUCCAGCCCGGGGACAGAGGCCACCGACGUCCCACGAGAGACCAGCUACCAGGCUGCCUUCAACGGGGACUUCCAGAGAUCCAUGGGGUGGAGGUCUGCCGCCCCGAACACACAACCUGCUGGCGUCCCCCAUCCCACCGCCGCUGUCCCCCAGCUCACCGCCGCUGUCCCCCAGCCCACCACCGCUGUCCCGCAGGCCGGCAGCUCACCCGGCGCCUCCAGCCUCCAGCAGAGCGCCGCACCUGAGAGGGCAGAGCUCAGCGGAAUCACCAAAGGAGAGGAGCAUCUGGUGAGGACCAAGCUCUCCCCGAACCCGUCCGCCAUCUUCCAGAGUGGAUCGAGGGUCUUCAACAUCUGA